GAACCGGAGCUUUAUUCCGAACAUUUAGACGAGCGGAAUAAGCUUCACUUAUUACCACGCUCUUCUCGCCUUUUACAAGACAGCUAGCAAAAGCUGCGAAUAAGCCAUGUCUGCACUUCGCAUUCUAGUGCCCAUAAAGCGGGUCAUUGACUAUGCGGUCAAACCACGCGUCAACAAGGCGCAGACGGGCGUCGAGACGGCCGGCGUCAAACAUUCGAUGAACCCGUUCGACGAGCUCUCGGUCGAGGAGUCGGUGCGGAUCCGCGAGAAGAAGUCGGCGCCCGGUGGGGUCGAGGACAUAUGCGUGAUCUCGGCGGGGCCGGCAAAGGCCGCAGACGUGCUGCGCACAGCGAUGGCGAUGGGCGCCGACCGCGGCAUACACGUCGACGUUAAGGAGGGCGAGGACCUCGAACCUCUCAGCGUGGCGAAGCUGCUGAAAGCGGCUGUCGAGAAGGAGAAGAGCAAUCUGGUUAUUCUCGGCAAGCAGAGCAUCGACGACGACGCGGCGCAGACGGGGCAGAUGCUCGCGGGACUGCUGGGCUGGCCGCAGGCUACGCAGGCGAGCAAGGUUUCGUUUGCUAAGGGCGAUUUGGUGGAGGUUACGAAGGAGGUGGAUGGGGGCGUGGAAACGGUUCGUGCGAAGCUGCCGUUGGUUAUUACGACGGAUUUGAGAUUGAAUGAACCCCGGUAUGCGAGCUUGCCGAAUAUUAUGAAGGCGAAGAAGAAACCGCUGGUGAAGAUGAGCUUGGGCGAUUUGGGGGUUGCGAAUGAGAGGAGGUUGAGGGUUGUUAAGGUUACUGAACCGGCGCCGAGACAGGGUGGUGGUAAGGUUGAGGAUGUUGAUGGCUUGAUCUCGAAGCUGAAGGAAUUAGGUGCUAUAUGAUGAACGAAUGGAACAUUAUAUCGAGCACAUAGUGUCUAAAUCUACAUAUCGACACUAUUUACGGUGUAUGAAGCUGGCUAACUACCUAGUUGCCAUGGAUCUGACUAUGAAUAACGAAGACACGGGCUUUCAUUUCAUCCACAUCCAAUCAACCCCUAUUAGCUAGCAGUAGCCUGGGUAGUUUUGAGAAGCCCAUAGAGGUCACUGCUGAAUAUAACAUUACAUUUACAAUUGCA